ACCGCAAUAAACUCUCUGCAUUAUGUACAUUGUAAAGGAGACCUGGGUGAUGGGACCAGUGGUGUGUGACAUCUGGUUGAGCGUGGACAUCACUUGUUGCACAUGUUCGAUACUACAUCUCUCCGCUAUCGCACUGGAUCGUUAUAGAGCUAUUACCGAUGCCGUGGAGUAUGCCAGAAAGCGAACCCCCCAGCAUGCUGCCUUCAUGAUUGCAAUAGUGUGGAUCAUUUCUAUAUUCAUAUCUAUGCCGAUAUUGUUCUGGCGGCACCAAAGCCAAAAUCGUGACGACGAAUGCAUGAUCAAACACGACCACAUUGUUUUUACUAUAUAUUCUACCUUUGGAGCCUUUUAUAUCCCGUUGGCAUUGAUACUUAUCCUUUAUUAUAAAAUUUAUAGAGCUGCCAAAUCCUUAUACCACAAGCGGAACGUGAGUCGAUGUGAAAAAGAACAAAACGGUCAGGUUCUUCUAGAAGCUUGUGGGAAAAGUUCUACCAUGUGUAUAGCAGAGAAGUCUUUCUCGGACCACUCAACGGAUUUCGACAGGAUCCAUAUCACAACACGGAACCCAAGAGCAGAAGCGAGGCACGAGAAAGCAAUGAGGAGGCAUAAAAUAUCCAGCAACAGGGAACGCAAAGCUGCCACCACCUUGGGCUUAAUCUUGGGUGCUUUUGUCAUUUGUUGGCUUCCGUUCUUUGUGAAGGAGGUUAUUGUAAAUAUAUGUAAUGCAUGUUAUAUCUCGGACGACAUGAACAAUUUUCUCACAUGGCUUGGAUACCUCAACUCCUUAAUUAACCCUCUUAUUUAUACCAUCUUCAAUGAAGACUUUAAGAAAGCAUUCCAGAAACUAAUACGCUGCAGACACUAUCUAUGA